AUGAUUAGAAGAGUAACCAAGGAUCACAAACAAGUCAAAUAUGCUUUAGAGAUAUUGAAAUUGAAAGAACCUUCAAUGAAAACUCAAAUUGUUGGCAGCUCUGCAAUUCUUCCAUGUACUAAUUCACAACAGACAAUGCAAGAACUUUACAAAUUAUUCCAGAGAUUGGAUUUGUGGAAAGAAUGGUCAGUUCCAUUGCAUGCCAGUGCUCAAUAUUCAGAUGACAAUUCUAAAACUCUUUCAGUUGGUACAAAAUUUACACAAACUCUCAAUUUGGGUUUCCCUGUUGGCCAACAAGUUUCCAAUGAGCAGGUUGCAGUGAAUGAAAUAUCAGAAAAUCAUGCAAAAAUUAUGUGGAACAAAGAGGAAGGAGGAAUUGCAGCAUGCCACCUUUGGUCGUUUGAAUGUUUAGAUUCUGAAAAAUUGGAAGUUACCAAUGUUGAAGUUUUCCAUGGAAUGCCAAUUUUCUUAGUUAAGGGAUUGGUUUCUAAUAGAUGGAAUGACCUUUUUGAAAAAUCACUUUCUGGAUUUUUAGAUUAUUAUAGAAAAUCUCAAAGCUUGUAG